CAACGGACUCUCUAGAGCCUCGCGUAAACCGUCCGAAUUCAACGCUGCACGAGCAGCGUUCUAUGCGCGCUCAACGUGCUUUCCUCGUCAAGAUUCACCCGCCAUCCCACAAAACCGAGUUCCUUUGUGCGCGGAGAGUGUUACCGUUGCUCGUUCGUAGGCGGGACAAUGAUGGCUCAGCGUAUCGCGCAUACGUUGACCGGGUCGCUUGAUGGCCGCGCACGCGUCGCGCUGUUAUCAACAAGCAGCACGCCUGAAUGCUGCUCAACGCGUUGCAACCAAGUUCUCGCUUCCUCUUCGCGAACCAGACACGUGGCGGCCACAGAUUCGCGGACUCUCCGAAGCGCCUCACCUCCUCCUCUUCGACUUUCCGCUCCGCCGUGUUGCGCGCGGCUAUCCGCCGUUGCGGCGCCGCGCGCACAGCCUGGCCCGGGGAACUCUCUCUGCGAACCCCCGCAAUCCCGGCGCUUCGAGGCGGGGGUAGGAAUCGGAGGUGCGAGUAGCGGACCACCACUGCGCACGACUAAAGAGCUUCCUCGUUCGCAGUCGCAUUCGCAUUCGUGUUCGCAUUCCCCCGGGCAUCGCUUGCGCUGCUCCGCCAUUCCCCCGGACGCCGCAGAUAUCGCCGCAACCGCCGCCGCCGCUCUUGCCGGCCAGAUUGGCCCCGCCGCUGAUGCCGUUGGUGCGGCUGCGAGCCUAGGCGCGCCUGCUGCUGCUUCCGCGGCUGUGGGAGGAGGGAGGUCGGAGGUGACGUGGCAAGUUGUGGUUGGUGCGAUUGCUGGCGUUAUCCCAUUCAUCGUGGCGUCCAUUGAAUUCGGCAAGCGCAUUGCGGCGCAGCAGCGCUGUGAGCAGUGCCAGGGCUCCGGGCUGCAGCUGGUGGGGCGCUACUACCGCCGCUGCUCGGCUUGCGGUGGGUUCCUGCCCUGGCAAUCCUGGCGCCGAUUCUUCCUCGGAUGAAUGUCACGCUUGCAACUACUCAUUGUGUUGGCCAUUGGUGGUACUGGCGGUGUCUUUCAAGCCUGCUGAGCCCUUCGUACAGUUAUGGGGAGCACGCUUGCUGCAGUUAGUUGGGUUGAUAUUGUUAAAUUAUAUAUGUUAGUAUAGAAUUGUAGGCUUGGUAGUGGUUACUGAACAUUACUGUAGAGGGUACAACACCCCUCCUUGUAUCCCUCUCUCUUCUUUCCUAUUCUUUUCUCCCACCAACUUUCCUACCCUAAAACCUCACGCCAUUUCCAUGGCUCCUCCUACCUA